AUGGGAACUGCUUUUGAUUAUGUCAUCGUUGGAGGAGGUACAUCAGGUGCGGAACUACUCCAGUGUUGUUUCUCUGCAAAACGCAAGCUGAUAAGAAGCAAAGGCUGUGUAUUGGCUAGCCGUCUCUCUACUUACCUACCACAGAGCUCGAUUCUUGUGAUCGAAGCCGGCUUGGAGCAGGAUCCUCGGGUUAAACCAAGUUUAGGCCUCGUCGGACAGCCCGCAAGAGAAAUAAAAUGGGUUUUCCCAAGUGCCCCACAGAAGGCACUUGGCGAUAAGACGACGGAUUUCACGCAAGGCAAGAUCCUCGGUGGAACCUCGUCAAUCAACCAUCAAGUCUGGUCUCGUGGUGCGUACGGGGAUUUUGAGCGAUGGGGAACCGAGGUAGGCGACCAACGGUGGUCGUGGGAAGGAUUACUCCCGUUCUUCAAGAAAUCCGAGACUUUCAUCCCUGGGGUCAAUCUGCAGGAUAAGGACCUUUCUGCAUUGCACGGGGAUUCUGGGCCGAUCAAGGUUUCCCAAGUUUCUUCAUCUGGGCGUCCACGCGAGUAUCCAUUGAAGGAGGCCAUGGCUAGAAUGUACGAAUCUGUAGGAUGUCAGCGUGCUAACGACAUGAACUCUGGCGAUAUUCUGGGAUACAGCGAGGCGACGACUAGUUCCUACGAUGGAAUCCGCCAGUGGUCAGCAGGAAACUACCCGUUCGGUGAAAAUGUAACGAUUUGGACCGACACCCAUGCGACCAAGAUUGUGUUCCAAGGAAAGCGUGCAACAGGCGUCGAGUUCUUGCGAUCUGGAAACGUCAAAGGCGAAGUGUCAGCGAGACGGGAAGUCAUUGUGUCGAGUGGAGCUCAGGGUGGGAUUGGGCCUGGUCAGGAGCUCGAAAGGCAUGGAAUCCAAAAGGUGGCAGACCUUCCGGUUGGUGAGAAUUAUAGUGACCAUCCCAUGCUGGCCACAUACUGGAACCUUGAAGAGCGCGGCCUAUCCCUUGGAGAUGUUGCAAUGAAAACUCCCGAGUGUGACUGGACCACUGGACUACCCGUGGACUGGAUGGCCUUUCACCGUCACGAUAAUGAUUCCAUUGUUGCUCUUGCCCAGAGUGAGCUUGAUGCUCUCGAACUGGAACGCUUUAAGAACAAGAGCAGAGCGCACACUGAAUCCGUCAUCCUAUACGGCCAUAUUGACUUCACUGGCAAGGCUGGGCCGGCGCCAACGGGAUCCAACAUCUGCGUCAUGAAUAUUCUGGUCACACCCUCAUCCCGUGGCACAGUGACGCUACGGUCCACCGACCCAUUUGACUCAGCUAUCUGUGACCCCAACAUCCUGUCGAACGAGUUUGACCGGCAGCUCUUCUUUUCCGUUGUGCGCUUGACAAGCAACGCUCUCGAACAAUCUAUUGGUCCGGAAUAUGGUCUCGCGGAAUAUGGUAUGGACGAGAGUAUCAAAGCUGACUACAGUGACGAUGCCAUCAUGCAGCGCUGUAUUCGAAUUGCGCGCCCUGUCAACCACGGCAGUGGAACCUGCGCCAUGGGCAGCGUUGUUGAUGCCGAAUGUCGGGUCAAGGGCAUCGAGGGCCUGCGAGUCAUCGACUCGAGUGUGAUUCCUCUCCCUCUCUGUGGACACUACCAGGCCGCUGUCUAUGCAAUGGCGGAGCAGAUGGCCGAAGUGUUGUCAGCCUAG